AUUGUUCUCUCAGUGCUUCGCUUGAAUACAAAACAUCACUAGAUUAAACCAAAGCUAAAAAUGGCAGCAAAGUUGGCCUUCUUCUUUACAUUCUUCCUCGUAGCUGUAUAUAUUACUGAAGCUGUAAAUGUUCGCAACAAAACUGAAGCUGCCGUUAAGGAAGCCACUGAAACUGUUCAUCUCCAUACAGCUGACAUUAAAAACCAAACUGAAAAUGCGGCAAAAGAAGUUCAUGUCCACGCUGUUGAGAUUAAAAAUCAAACUGAACACACAGCAAAAGAAAUUGCACAAGCUGCUGAAAUCCCUAAGAAUGAACAAACUGCAGAACAAACCAUCGAUGGUACCAUAGACAAAUUGAAAGCUGGCUUUGAAGAAUUCGUCGACAAAGUUGCGAACAACGACCUUGUUAAGAAAACUGCACAAGGAAUAAAAGAUCUUGGAGAGACCAUUCAACAAAAAGGAAAAGAAGCUAUUGACAAGCUGACAGCUGAAACGAAAACAAGAUAAACCCUUUCAUACUAAUAAGUUAUAUUUUAUAAAAUUUGUUUAAAUUAAAUGUUUAUUUAUACU